AUGACAACUGAACCUUAUUACGAGCCUAACCCUAACCUGAGAAUGAAUCAGUGGAUCCGCUCCCUUAUUAUUUUCUCUUCGAUAAUAAGUCUUUGCUUGGCUGGCUUGACUUUCGCCUUCCAACUAUCUCAUCCGAAAUCUAGGAGAAACAUGGGUAGAUUCUUUUUGAUUAUUUUGGGGUUUUAGUCGUUUGACAAGAUCAAUGCUAUUAUACAAGAGAUAUUCAUUUACGAUUUAAGUCUUCCAUUUUAUGAAAUUAAGGAGAACGUUGAAUUCAAGUCACCUUAAACAAAUGCCUGUUAAAUAAUGGGUGCUAUUUCAGUAUUCUGCGACUAUAUGUCACAGUUUUAUGCUGUGUGGUUUGCUGUGCUUAUUCAAUAAAUCAUUAAAGACCCAAUUCACAGACUACAAAAGCUAAUUUGUUUUAUACACUCUAUUACUUUCAUCGUAUCAGCAGUACUUAUGAUUAUUGUAUCUAGAUUCAACACUUUUGGAGUCCAGGAAAAUUUGCAAUGUGGUAUGAUGUUUGUGCCUGGCUAAGAUGACGAUAUUUUGAUGAUGCUUCCUUUCGUGCUAAUCCCUCUCUAGAUCUUCUACAUAACUAAGAUUGUCAAGCAAACGCCGUUCAUUAUAAGAUAAUCUUUACAAAGAUUUGUUAGAAAAUACGCUUUUUAUGUGACAUUCCUUAUGUCUAUGCAAUGCAUGUAGGUUGUUAUCGUUCUAUUCGGCUCUAAGAAUUCUGAUUAUUUUAGCUAUGAAAAAGAAGAUGGUUUUAAGAGACUUAGAUAUGGCUAUAUCAUUCUAGAUCACACUACUUAUUUCUUACUAGUUUGCUGCACCAUUUAUGAACCAGUUUUUGUCAAAAAGGCUAAAAGAUAUAUUUAGAAACUAAGAAAUAAAGGAAAGAAGAAAUCUGUCGCGAUCGAUGACUAAACAUUGCUCGUUCCUAUCCGGACAAAUACACUGGAUUAAAACAAAAGACAACAAGACUAAGAAGGAUAAGAUGGUUCAGAUGGAGAGGAAAAAUCUUGCUCAAUGGUUUUCCAACAAGAAAGUCAGACCAAGAAAACCAUUUCAGACAGUGAUAGUGACUUCGAAAAUGGUGACAACAAGAAAGAAGGUACAGAACUAGAUAUUAUUGAUAAGUCUAAGCUUGAACACCUGAUAAAUGAGGCAUACACUAACUUUGAUGAAAAAUUUAACCAUAUGUCAAUCAAGUAAAAGACUAACUAUUUCAUCAUCAACACUGUUCUAAUGAGUAUUUGCCAUUGCUUUAUUAGUGGUUAGGAUAAAGAUAAUGACAUCAAUCAUCUCAUGGAUAUGUCUGAAUUUUUCAGAAAGAAUGAACACUUAUGUGUAUCUGAUGUUACAGAUGGAAAGAAGGUGCAGAUUAGAAUAUAGGAGUAUGAACCUAAUCUAGUUAAGAAAAUCAGAAUGAAAUCAGGCUAUCACGACAAAUCUCUAAUUUAAUUUAAUAUAGGUUCUGGAAAAUCUGACAGUUUUUUUUUCAAUACUGCAAACAGCUAAUUUAUCAUCAAAACAUUAAAAGAAGAGGAGUGCACAUUAUUAUGCAGGAAGGGUAUUCUUGAAAAAUAUUACAAAUACAUCAGAAACAACCCCAGAUCUAUGCUCGCUAGAUUCUACGGAAUUUACACUGUCAAAAUUAAGUUCAUGAAGCCCAUUUCAGUGGUUAUUAUGGAUAAUCUAAUGGGAGACCAUAUUGAAGACAUAAUUAGUAUUUAUGAUUUGAAAGGCUCAACCCACAGACGUCGUACUAAGCAAAUUAAAAACGCAAGGACUGUCAAGAAAGAUCUUAACUUUUUGCUUGAGCCCCAAUUCUUUAUGAAAGUAGACUAAAAAGUAAAGAAAGAUUUCCAAUAGAGACUUCAAAAGGAUAAGGAAUUCCUCAAAUAAUGUAAUUUAAUGGACUACUCAUUAUUGAUGAUUUUCUUAAAGAAGCACGAGAUUUCAGACAUAGAGUCAUAAAGCCAUAAUAAUAGAAAGCUUUCCUUUUACAUAAAAAGAGAAGCUAAUGGGGACGAGAUUGAGAUGGAAGAGGUGCCAGAGACUUAUAAUUCAGGCCAUCACAAAUCACCAAUCCAUCAUCCAACUACUAAUAAUCUCUAACCAACUAAUAGAACUAUCUUUGAUGAGGACUAAGAUGCAAGACCACUUCAAAGAAACAGUAUUUUCGACGAAUGGCAACCAAAUAAUGAGGAGCGUGACAACAGCAAUGAUGGAUCAUCCUCAAUAAACAGAUUGUCACAAACUUAGCCAAGAAUAAAUGAAUUUAUAGAAUAUAGACAUGAACAUAAUCCGAACCUCUAUUAUAGACUUGGAGUAAUAGAUUUCCUUUAGGCAUACACUAGAAGAAAAUAACUGGAAACUGUAACUCUUAGAAAAUACUUCAAGGAAAAGCCAAAAGACUGUUUUUCUUGUGUACCUCCAGACACAUAUGCAGAUAGAUUCUAUAAUUUCCUCUGCAAAAAUCUUUUCACUCAGGAUAGAUAGUUCCCAGAGUGUGAAAUAGAAAAGGAAAAGAAGCCAAAGAAUCAAAAAAAUGGUCCAAGCAUUAAGAAAAACUGA